AAUUCGAACGCUUAAGCGAACGGUUGUGUUUCCUCCCAAGCAAAACGAAAAAAAAAACAUUAUUCAAAAAACUCAAAACCCAGAGAAAUCGAAAAAUAAGUUACCAAUACAAUAAAAGUGUGUACUAAAUUAAAGCGGACUAAAAAUAAAGAAAACAUUUUUUUGUGGUGCAUCUUCCAAACAAAAAACCGGUUGUUAAAUGCGCGCUGCACUAAAAACAACGAAAAGAGUUAAACAACAACAACAAAAACCCUAAAAAAAAGGCAACGUUGCACAUUUUCUGGAGUGCAGUUCAAACUGUAGGAAAAAGAAGCGAAAUUUUGAGGAAAAAUUUAAGAAAAUCAAGAGAGUAUUUGAACUCAAAGAAAAAACAAGAUGGCAUUCUCGAUUGUGAGCCGUGGUAUUUUGCGCACUUCGAGAGAAAUUCUAGAACGCAACAUGGCCGCAACUGUCGGCGUUCUGCAGCAGACCGCCUCCCCGCCCCCAAACACGCCCAUUUCGCACAGCGAUUGCCAUCGCCUCUUUCUGGCAACUGGUGGCAACAUCUGUGGACAUGGAGCACAACACUCACUGCUGUGGCAUCAAAUGCCCACGGCCGUGGUCCAGGCUGUCCGUCAAUAUUCCAAGAAAUCCGCCGGAGCGGCCAAAUUGCGACGGGAGGUGGAAAGUGAUAGCGAUUCCGAUUCGGACGAUGAGUUCGAGCGACGUCGCCAGAAAAUGGAUUCCAAGCGCAGCGAACGGGGCGACUCGGCCUUCUGGCGCCGCAAAAUGCGCACCCUGCAUCGCAUUUUGGACGUGAACCACGACGGGGUCGUCUCGUUCGACGACUUCAGUUUGCUGGCCAAACGCUUCAACGAUCUGGGCCAUUUGACCCCCGAGGUGGCCGCCGAGUUCAACGAUGUGAUCAAGCAUACGUGGGAGGAGCAGUUCGGGGAGAUAACCCCCUACAAUCUGGUGACUGCCGAGCAGUUUCUCACCGAUCUGCAUCAUCGUCUCAACGACAAGAAGAUGGCCAAACGCAUCGGUCGCUUCCUGCCGUAUUUGUUUAAGGCUGUGGACUUCGAUCACACUGGCCACUUGGAUCUCGAACAAUACAAGCUCUUCUUCCGCUGUCUGGGACUGACCGAAGACGACGCUGCCGUUUCAUUCGCUGUGAUAGACAAGAACGGCGAUGGCCAAUUGUCGCUCAAGGAGUUUGUGCAUUUGGGCCGCCAGUUCUUCUUAACCGAGGACGACUCGAAGAUAUCGAAGAUGUUCUGGGGACCGCUGGUGGCCGAUCAUUGACGGGGUGCAGUCACUGCUGUAGAUCACACAAAAACACAAAUCAAAAUAAAAUCCAUAGCCCCACAUAAUCUAUAUCCUUAUACCUAUAAUCAUGAUGAUUAUUCAAAUCAAGAACCAAAACAACAAGAAGAAACCGACCGAUGCCACAACAUCGGCAGCAAUAACACCAAUGAGCCAAUGCUAAAUACAUUUAAAACGACAACGAUGAUGGCCAAUAGAAGUAAUAUUAAAAUAUUGGCCCAAUCGUUGCCAACUCGCGUGCAGGCGGCAGGCGGCAGUUGGCUUAAUCUACAGCAUGUGGCGCCGCAUAAAUCGGGACCGAUGAUAACUACCAUUAGCAACACCACCAACACCAUCGUUAUAAGGAACAUGAGCAUUUACGACUAUUUACGGCAACACCUGAUAAGCGGUUCGAAGCGCCAGCGCUCGACCUUUGAACCCUUUGAUCCCCUGGCCACCUCAUAUCCCGCCUCCAAGUUGCGCAAGCACAACUUCAGUAAUUACCAAAAGGAGAGGGAAAGGGAGGAGCAACAAAGGGAUCACAAAAAGGAUAAAAAUCAUCGAUCCAAGGGCUCCAAACAAUCGAUGGAUGACUACGAUAUAAGAUUCUUUUUCUACCUUAACUCGCUAAUUUUAUUCACCAUGUCGUGCAGCCGGCAAUCGGCCGCCGAGGGCGAUGACCUCAAGCACUUCAUUUGCGACCGGAUCCGGAAGUUCGAUCGUCUGCGACGAAAGGCUCGAAAGCGCCGGAAGCGAAGGCCCAAACAGCUGGCCGAGGAUCAAAUGCAACUCUGAAAAAACAUGAAGGAAAAAUGCAACUCUGUUAAGUGGAGCUACAUAAUAAUUAAUAUCAUAUAUUACGGUCAUUUAAUCGAUUCUAUUUUUUUUUUAUUGCCUAGUUAAGAGUUACGUUUAACUGAUAUAUUACACAAUACAGCAAGCAUGAUAUAACGGAAUAAAACUGAUUUUAAAAUGUACGUUUAAUAAUA